AGGUGUGGGUGUGGGUGUGGGUGUGGGUGUGGGUGUGGGUGUGGGUGUGGGUGUGGGGGUGGGGGUGGGGGUGGGGGUGAGGGUGGGGGUGUGAAUUGGACUGAGGGUACAUCCACAUUCACCCACACCCUCAGUCUCUGACAUACACGUAUCUAGCUUAAAAAUCAAUAAUAACUCUUUAUUAAUCCAAGUUGAAGGUUUUGACUUCAAAAAGAUGUUAUUCUCUAACAACGACUUUGUCGAUCGUUUUUAGUAUAGCAUGUGUUUGAUCCCAAGUCAAUACUUAUUGAAGAGGAUUAUCACUUGAAUACUUAAUUAUUAAUCCUGAGAAUGAAUCAAAUAAGUAGAUGUGUUCAAUUUUAUCGUUAUUUCGUCUUUUUCGUAAAACAGAAGGCACAUUUCUUCUACGAGAUGAAUAUCUCUACAUAUCUACUACUAUCGGAAUUUUAAAAGAAGGCACCUAGAAAAAGCUUAUAACUUUCGAACGAAAAGUCAUAGCGACCUGCGGUUUUCAGCAAUCGAUAGAAGAUUAUAGGGGGCACGUUUUUAUAUAAAAAUCAAGGUUUAAACAAUCGGUAAUUGUGGAAUCACUGAAAGAGUAGGCUCGUUAUUUGGUGAAAUCUCAGCAGAACAAGCUGAAACUUUCAGCAUAUAUAGCCCCACUGUACCCCAAUCUUCGCUGAAAAUAUCAUCGAUAAAUCUUGUAAUGACGAGGAAUAGUGACUCAAUCAUCAUCUGGUCUUACAUAAGACUCUCAUUCAAUCAAAAUAUUAGGAAAUGGCCUCAACUUUUGGCUGAAUAAAUACCAUAAUCUAGACUUCAUAUCUAUGCAAUUAUAUCAUAGUUUGAUUAAAUGAACGAGAAGAGACGAUGAAAAUAUUACUAAAUUCUGCAUUUCUCUUAAGAAAGUUGGAAAGAUUUGUUUUAAAAUACUUACUGUAUGAAAAUCAUUUCUUCGUCGAAUUUUGGCUAUUUCCGUACAUUUUUACGAUCAAAGUGCGAUGCUAUUGCAUAGAUAUGAAGUCUAGAUUAUGGUAUUUAUUCAGCCAAAAGUUGAGGCCAUUUCCUAAUAUUUUGAUUGAAUGAGUGCCUUAUGUAAGACCAGAUGAUGAUUGGCUCACCAUUCCUCGUCAUUACAAGAUUUAUCGAUGAUAUUUUCAGCGAAGAUUGGGGUACAGUGGGGCUAUAUAUGCUGGAAGUUUCAGCUUGUUCUGCUGAGACUUCACCAAAUAAUUAGCCUAUUCUUUCAGUGAUUGCAUAAUCACUGAUUAUUUAAACCUUGAUUUUUAUAUAAAAAUGUGCCCCCUAUAAUCUUCUAUCGAUUGCUGAAAACCGCAGGUCGCUAUGACUUUUCGUUCGAAAGUUAUAAACUUUUUCUAGGUGCCUUCUUUGAAAAUUCCGAUAGUAGGUUGACAAUCGUUCCCCAAUAUUUCUAAUCUAAAUUUAUUUCCAUCUAUCUGGAGUAUAGAAUAUGAAGCGUAUCUGCUAUUUAUACAUAGAUGUAAGAAGUCAAUUUAAGUUUUCAAUUCCUUUCUGACUUAUCGACUAGUUAACAUUAAAAAUAAUUAUUUGAUGAACCUACUUAACAGAUUUCCACAUCAUUCACACUCAAAUUUGAAAAGAAAAAUAUUUAGUUUUUAGACUCUCAAAAAUAGAAAUAUAACUAACAACUGAAGCAUUCUAUUAAUCCAUUCAUUUCAACUAUAGUCAAUAUUUAGUUAGCAUUGAAAGAACAAUAGACACCUCUUAAGCUAUGUACAUUGAACAGACUUUUUUUCAUUUUUAUAAAUUUUAAAUUCAAUCACACUGUGUAUUCUAAUUAGUUUUCACUGCUUAAUCUGAAUUUUGUUUUUGAAUUAUCGUUGACUUUUUUACACUUCAUGAACUUCAAUUUAAAACGAAUCAAUUUACCGACGAGUAGAGGUGACAGCAAUCAAUGAAUAUAAAAAUAACUUGAGUUGAAGAAAAAAGAAAUACUAUUGUUUGCAAUCCAGAGCAUUAUGGAAUCAUAGAAAACAAAGAAACAUAGCCUACUUUGAAAUAAAAAAUCAAACUUAGCGAUAUGCAGAAAUCACUUAUAGAUUCAAAUUCCUCGAUCCUCGAAAUUAUUAAUACAUUUGUCUCAGAAAUCAUUACUUUUAUCACCUGAAACUCAUAAAAUUUUUGAUUACUUAGUAAAAGAUAACACAUAGGGAACAAUGUGUCAUAAGAGAUCAAAGAAUGGAUACUUCUCUGAUCGGAAUCAUUUUGGUAUUCUCUAAGACGAUAGAUAGUAUGCUUUUAAAAAUGAUUAAAAAAUGAAAGGUAUUUCUGAUAAGAAACAUCAUUUUCUCACUGGCUCAUUGAAGAAAAAGACAAUGGGCUUUGUUAAAAUAGCUUCAUAAUAAGCAACACUACAUGUUCGAUAAAUAUCUUAACGACACAGAAAUUCAAUAGUUUCAUACUGUCGCCAUGAGUCGAGUUAGUUUUUUCUCUUUAUUAAUGAAAAAUAGAAUUAAUCUGAUUUAUAGAACAACUUUCAAAAUAGAUCAUGCUAUUUUUAAGAUAUUUCUUUCAUACAUUUUUAAUUUCUAUUGAAUUUACCUCUCUAAGAUUAUUCUUGUCACUGGAUUUCUAGUUUCGGAUCCGAUAAAGAAAAUUUCAAAAGUAUUGCCAAAAAAAUCACCGCCCGAACAAGCUAAAUUCAAAACUUUGAAAAUUUUCUACACAAACUAAUUUGUAGUUAGACCUUAAUAUCAGUAAAGUUUCUUGUUCAAAAUCGAAGCUACGAUUUUAUCGAAAAUUAUGACUGUACACAAGAAAAUUCUAUAAAAAUUCAAAAUCUUUGGAAAUAAGUUCACUAGUUGAGAGUACAGUUAACACAGUUCAUGUAGGUAUAGUGAAACUAUUGAAUUUUGUAAUUGCUAAGAUGCAAAUAAAAUAUUCCUUAUACAGCUAUCUUCAGUUUUCAACAGAUAUCAUAGGCUCCUAUCUUCCUGAUUAUCAGUCUGAGAUUAGGAGUACGAUUACUCUUGUGGUGAAUAGCCAAACUAAGAUGAUCCUUGUCACCCAUUCACUCAUCAUCAAUAGUUUUAUUUUUACAUUCAGAAACAUGUAUGUUACUCAAUUGCAUGAUAUUCGAAACAUCUGAUUUUUUUCUUCGUACAAAAUAGUCUCUACUGAUUAUCUCACAUGAAAAACUUUCAUAAAUGUUUAGAGUCUCAUUAUUUUGUAGUGCAGCUGUGUAUGAUUCUUCAUCGUUAUCGAAAAUUUCUGCGUCGGACAGUCACGAGGAAAAAUGUUAGACACUAGUGGACGGACUGAGUAUUCGACACUUACACGGGAUUACAGAAAAAAAAAGUAAGAUGAAACACUAUUAUCGAACAGAGUAUAAGUGACAGUGCCAACGAAAAUUUUCUUUAACAGUGAAUACUAUUAUAUUUUGAACAACAUAAUAUUUCUGAUUUCGGUGGUUCUGGUACAACUGCGACAGGUUUGGGUUGAGAUGAUUUCGAUACAUCUGAAUGAAGAAAAGCAAUAUUAUUAUCAUUUGAACGAGUUCAUACUGGCGAUAUGAAAAUUGUCCCUUCUAUUCGGUGGCUAUGCCACUGGGUCAAUCCAACGUAAGACCGAGAAAACGAAAUAAUCUUGUUCGACGAUUCAAUAUGACUCAUACUUCUAAGAAGUCUAAUUCGACAUUGAUUAAGGCCACCCCCCCCCCCCUCAAAAAUCGAUCUCAGCCCAGGUACGUUCAAAUGGGCUGAAAUUUGGAGCAUAUGUUGGGGCUGAUGUGUGGAGGCUGUGGUAAAAUUUUCAGCUCGAUACCCUGAUGUUUGACAGAGAUAUGAACCAAGCAAGGGUCAAAAAUAGCUCAUUUGGCAAUCCAUUUUUCUCUGUCAAAGCUCAUUCAAUAUAUUUAAAUUUUUUUUUGUUUGAAAGAGCAUCUCAAGAUGCAGUGCAGUACAGAGUCCUUUUUUUUAAAUUAUUAUCUUUUAAGCGGAGAAAAGGGCUGACAAGUUCAAUGACUCAAAAAACGCGCCAAAAAUGGUGGUCUGUUUAUAUAAGUGUUUGUAUAUAUAAUAAAAAACAAGCUUAAUUUAAAAAAAAGGACUCUGUACUGCACUACAUCUUGACGUGCUCUUUCAAACAAAAAAAAUAUAUAAAUAUAUUGAAUGAGCCUGGACAGAGAAAAAUGGAUUGCGCGGUCCAGAAAGCCUAAACUGAGAAAAAACGAAAAACAUUUUUUGAAAAAAUUUUUUACCAUAUUUUAACAUUUUUAGAUACUUUUUUGGUAGAUUUGACUAGAAUAACUACUAACUGUCAUAUAUCUUUUAUAACUAUGCACAAAUAACCUUCUUUUGGCGCUUAUUGAGCUUCACUAGAUGAAUAAUUUUAUUAUUCAGGGCAUAAACAUAAUGGGCUUACUGGAAAAUAUUCUAAUGAAAUUAACUGUGAGUUAUCUCAGCCCUCUUUAUUGCAUCUUAGCCAUGUAUGUUCUCUCUCGUAUUAUCUAAUGAGUUCUUCUUGUUGGGUAGUGGCGCUAUCUUUCGUCCACUACCUCACUUUUCUUCUCUUUCUUCUAUAUUCUAUUGAUUGGUCAUCUGGAUGAUCCAUAAGGAUAUAUAUGUGGACCGAUAGUUAUUUUUUUUUUGUUGUUGUUGUUGUUUUGUUUUUUUAGUACGGAAAGAAUAAACCAGGAAAACGUGUUAGUUCACAGACUAACACUUCUCUCUUUACUAUCUUCUGGUGUAUUCUUUCUCUUUCAGCACUCUUAUAUAUAUUCACGUUGAUUUUAAGAAUAAAAUAGUUCAGUAUAUUGUAUACGCGAUAAGAUAAUACUUCUCUCUGACUAAAAAUUAGUUAGUGGUCAACUACCUUUAUAACAUAUACAGAGAGGCGUGCCAGUUUGUUGCUCACUCUAUGUAUAUGUGUAGUUUUGUUAGUGUGUUUUAAAAAAGAAAAGAAUAUAUCUAUACUUUAGUUUAAUAUUUUAUUUGUUUAGAUUAUACAUUUAUCUUUGUAUUACGGUUUUAUAUUAAAACGUGUUGGUCUCAAACAUUAUGGCUAACAAGAGAAAAACAAAACGGUAAGUGUCUCCAAUGAAACUUCUUUUUCUUAUACUAUUAGUCAAUGGAAUUAUUCUAGCCCUAAAACGAGUGAAUGUUUUUCUGGUUUAUGUAAGAAGGGAGAUAAAAAAUCUAAUUUGAAAUUCCUUUUCCUUAUAAUAAAAAAGACUUAAUACUAGACUUAGCACACAUGCCGUGACAAGACGUGUUCGUCAAAAUAUACGAUCAAUACCAGCAUCAACAUUAGAAAUAACAACAUCAAAUCCAUCCACAUCUUCAAAACGUUCAUCUUUACCAUCACAACAGAAGAUUACGAAAAGAACGAAAUUGGAUAUAACAUCAACAUCAGCAAAUUCAAAUUCAAAUUUGCCUAUGGAUGGAUACACGAUCUUGCAAAAUCAAUUAUUAUUUACUCUUAUGUGCAAGACGAAUUGUGAAAGUUGCGGAAAUCGUUGGAAUGGAACAAUUAACAUCAAGAAACGCGAAGGCUUAUUUGUGAUCUUAUCUUUUCAAUGUUCAUCAUGUACAAAUACCAUCACUAUUGAAACAAGUCCGAAGAUUGUUGCAUCAGAUCGUCGAGAUAUUAAUGUUCGAUCACAAAUUGGUGGCCAUUUGUGUGGUAUUAGAUAUGCUGGAUUAGCUAAAUUAAUGGGUGCUAUGAAUUUACCAAGUCCAAUCCAAGAUGAAAGAUAUUCCAAAUGGGAUAAAAAUUUAUUACUUUCAAUAAAAUCAUUUUCAGAUCGAUCAAUGAAAAAAGCUGUUGAAGAAGCUGUAACUGCUGCAAAUGGUAAAGAAUUAAUGGUUAGUGGAGAUGGGUUUUGGCAGACUCGAGGUUUUCAAAGUAGACAUGGUGCAGCAGCUCUUCUUUCUUGUAACACAGCACCAAAAGUACUUGAUAUUGAAACAUGCAGUAAAACAUGUAAUGUUUGCUUUGGUGCACUUGCUAUCAAGAACUCUAAUCCAGCUAAAUACAAUGAUAUUAUUAGAUCACAUCACUGUGAAAAAAACUACAACAAAAGUUCUGGUACAAUAGAAGCUCAUGCUGUUCUUAACAUGUUCCAACGAUCAGUUUCCAAAUAUCAAAUUUAUUACACAAAGUAUGUUGGUGAUGGUGAUUCAAAAACAUUUGCUGCUCUUUCUGACAAACCACCAUAUCCAGGAAAAGUGAUCAAGAAAAUCGUAGACUUGAAUCAUUUUAGCAAAAGAAUGAAACGUCAACUGGAAACAAAAAAACGUCAAUAUGGAAAAGAACAAUUAUCUGAUGGUAAAACUAUUGGUGGUAAAAAUCGUCUUUCCAAACAAAAUAUCAUCCGGUUACAAAUGGCAUUUGCUUCGACCAUUCGAAAAUGCAAACACGAUCUGGAUUUGUUAUUCAAGCGAUCGUGGGCUAUAUUUUGGCAUAAAUAUUCAACCAAUGAUGAUCCUCGUCAUGAUUAUUGCAGCAUCGAUUGGUGUGGUUAUUUAAAAGCUGCUCGUGAUGGAACAUCAUAUGAUCAUACACCACAUGCUUUACCUCGUCCUGUCCUUGAUGCCAUCAAGCCUGUUUUUGACAACCUCUGUUCUCGGGAAAGUCUUGCACGUGUUGUUAAUGCAUCAAGUCAGAAUCCGAAUGAAGGUUUUCAUUCGCUUGUUUGGCUUAUGUCACCAAAACACAAGACAUCAUCCGGUACAAUAUUUGAAAUUGCAUGUCAUCUUGCAAUAAUAAUAUUUAAUGAUGGAUAUUUUACAUUAGGAGAUCUUUUCAACAACAUCUGUGGUUAUCGUGGUCACUACACCGACCAAGCAAUGAUUCACUUCGACAACACUCGUCUUCAUACAGAAUCAAAAGAAAAUAAUAGAAAAAGAAGAAAAGAAGCUGGUCGUGAUGUACAAAAAAAUGUUGAUAAUGAUCAAACAAAUAGUAAUAAUGCAUCUGGUGAUGAUGAUUAUAAAACAAUAGAUAGUGAUGAAGAAGCAGAUGAUGAUUAUAAUGAAACAAAUCCCGGUGAUCAAGCAACAUUUGAAGAUAAUGAUACAACAACAGAAGGUAAUGAAUGUUCCACUGAUGAUCAUGAUUCAACAUCCAGUAGUGAUAAUUCAUCAACUGAUAAUGAUGAUAAAACAAUUCUUAGUCCUGAUACAGCAACAAAAGAAGAUGUUGAAAAGAAUGAUGAAACUAGUGAUGACGAAUAUGGUUAUUAUAAUCCAAAAGACAGAAGAAGGUGGAAAGAAGAAGGUGGAAAGAAGAAGAAUAAGUAA